AUGUCUAGCCCCGACAACAACGUCCAGCUUUCGAGGCUGCAACGCGUCAGGCGUGCUUUCAGCUCAACUUCGGCUUUCCAUCAAGCACUCAUCUUGAAGAGCUCGACUUCGAUUCUGAUCAACGAAGAUCUGGCACCUACACCACCCAUCCGGCAGCGAUGGACGGUCUGGAGUUUCUUCGCCUAUUGGUGGUCCGAAAGCUGGAACGUUAGCACUUGGUCAGUUGGCGCUGCCAUCAUCACGCUAGGCGCGACUGUCCGUGAUGCGCUUCUUGUGGUACUCUUCGCUAACCUGCUUUCCGCCGUUGUGAUUGUCCUUAAUGGCCGUGCCGCCGCCAGAUAUCACAUUGGCUAUCCGGUGCUCUCUCGAUCCAGCUUCGGCAUCUACGGCCAGUACUUUGUCGUUGUUCUGCGGAGCAUACUAGGAAUUAUCUGGGGUGGUGUCCAACUGUAUUUUGAAGGGCAGUUCAUCUCGAUUUGCCUCAGAUGUAUCUUCCCUGGCUGGGCGCGGAUCCAGAACACGAUUCCCGCGAGCCAGCAUAUCACAACACAGGAGAUGAUUGGGUUCUUCCUCGCCUUUUGCUUCACCAUUCCGUUCCUUUUCAUUCAUACCUCAAAGAUCACCCACCUUUUCUCAGUCAAGUCGGUCAUCAUGCCGGCUGCCGGCCUCGGAAUCGUAAUCUGGGCCACAUCUGAGAACGGGGGCGUCUCUUCGGACAACCUGAUUGACUCGUCGGCGAGGACAUCGACCGCGGUGUUCGCCUGGGGGAUCAUUUCCCAGUUCAACUCCGUCAUGGGUGCCAACUCGGCCCUUCUGGUCACUGUCCCUGACCUGGCAAGGUACUCGAAGACUCGAAAUGCACAGCUUUGGGGUCAAUUGAUCUCGCUGCCCAUAGGCCAGACGCUGUGUGCGGCCUUUGGGGUGAUAUCCACGUCGGCCGUGCUCAACAUGUGGGGUGAGGCUUACUGGAACCCAUACGCACUGCUCAACGGUAUUCUCGACCACUCUUAUUCGUCCAGCGCACGAGCUGGAGUCUUCUUUGCAUCUGCCUCGUUUGCUUUCGCAACCCUGGGAACCUCGAUCGCCUGCAACUUCAUUCCGUUUGCAGCAGACGUCACUUGCCUCGUUCCGAAGUACAUCAACAUCAUCCGUGGACAGUUCCUGAUGCUCAUCAUUGCCUUCGCCAUUGUCCCAUGGCGUAUUGUGGCCACAGCUAACGGCUUUCUCAACUUCCUCGGCGGCUACAGUAUCUUCCAGGGCCCAGUCGUUGCUAUCAUGAUCAUCGACUACUUUUGGGUCAGGCGGGGAAAUAUCGCCAUGAACGAUCUCUAUACACGCUCGUCUUGGGGCCGCUACCAUUACUUCCAUGGCUUCAACCUGCGGGCGUUCGUAUCUUUUGUUAUUGGGUUUCUUCUCCCGUUGCCUGGUUUCGCCGCCAGCUUUGGCUACGACAUUGGUACAGCGGCACCACGCAUGUAUGCUCUAGGUUGGGUUCUGAGCUUUUUGAUGGGUGCUUUGUCCUAUUUCGUCAUUUGCCUCAUCUUCAAGGUGCCGGGCGGUGAUGGCAGCCAUCCGUUCGAGAGCAGGGUGGCAGACGCCCAGCAAAUCAUCAACGAAGGCGUUCAUCUGGAUGGCGAAGCAGAGAAGGAACGCGAUCUUGACCACGCGGGUUCUACAACCACCAAGGAGGCUCGGAGUACUAUGGUGUAG